CACACAAUUUGUUAGUAUUUUGGCUACAAGAUAUUUUGUUUUGUGUUUUCGUUCAUUUAUUUCAUAAGAAAAGAUGUCUUACGACGGUUCAGGCGAGGAAGAACAACCUGAAACCGAGAUAAUAUUCGAAGCUCGGAGAGACUCGAGCUCCGAAGAACCUCCCAUGUCCGAGUGGUCUUCGCUUAUCAUGAAAAUUGAAGAAGAAAACUUGAAGAAGAAACAGUAUGAGCAAGGACUGUAUGAUCCUGGUAGCGGCGAGAUAUGUGCCGCCUACGUCUCACAGUCCGAUAGCGCAGUUCUCCGUCACCCCUACUACAACUACCCAAGUAUCCCCGACCCUGGCGUCAUUAAUGCACUACUCGAACCCCCGCCAAAAAAAAUAUACCCUAGCGAUGGCCAAGAAUACUACUUAGCAAUUUGCAAGACCACAAACCAAUGUCCUGUGAGAAUAUUUCACAGAAACUUGGUACAUACACAUAUUAAUUUGAGUUACUACGAGGUCAAUCCCAACGGAGUCCGCGCCAUGGCCAUGGCCUUGGAGAAGAAUACUUUUGUCACACAUUUUGAUCUAACUGACAACUGGCUAAACGAUGAUGCCUGCUUUCAUCUGGGCCAGAUGCUGGGAAAUAAUUCUACGCUUACCAGCUUAAAUUUACGCGGGUGCCGCAUUGGAUUUAGUGGGAUUCGCAGAAUAUGCGAAGGUCUUACAACGAAUAGGGCACUGAGAGUGCUAAACGUCAGUCACUGCCAAAUCGGCGACGAAGGACUCGAGCAACUCGCUCACGUCAUAAUGCUUCUUUCGGAUAUAUAUGAACUAGACUUGUCACAUAAUGCGAUUUCCGGAAAAGGUUGUCUACAUUUGGCCGAAGCACUAGAGACGCAAAACAAACUUACGUCAAUAAAUUUAUCUCACAACAAUCUGUAUUCGUUCCAGUCCGGCCUCUGUAGCGUACUUGAGCUUCUAGGGCAAAAUCCGGAAUUUGAGUACUUAAAUUUAUCCUGGAACUCACUAAGUGGACAAAAAAUAGCAACUAGUAUUAGAAACGUAUUUCAAUCCAAACUCUUACGCCACGUAGAUCUUAAUAACAACAAGUUAUGCGACACGCCGAUUAUAACAAAGUUAAUAGCCUGGUUUGCUAAGCCGAAGAAGAUGAAGUGUUUCGAUUUGUCAUAUAAUCCUCUUACCCUAGCGGAUGCUGAGCUAGUUAUCCAUAAGUUUCAACAGAGCAAAAUACAAGCCCUUAAUUUAGAGGGUGUUAAUGUCAACAAACUGUUUGUAGAUGUAUUAAAAACCAUUCAAGCAACAAGGAAAGAUGUCGUUGUUUCGCACGGGUACGUGCAAGGUGGCUUUAAGUCCACUGGGCCGGAUACGAGAGAGCUCGUAUUGAAUAGAAUUGAAUAUAUAGGGAAAAAAAAUAAGAAACGUCAGGUGGAUAUAGCUGUCGUGAUUCUACAGUUUGUUAAAGAAAAAAUCAUGUUUCUCGAACCAAAAGAUUUGAACUACAAAUUGAAGCAAUUAGGAGUAGUUUUGGACGACGAUCUCUUAAACGCAGUUCAGGAACUUUGGCCGGGGGAGCCAACGAAAAAAGGUGCCAAGACGAUAGCCUUUAAGCCACUAGCGGAUUAUAUUAAAAGAAAGUGGCCGGACAGAAAGGCACCGCCUACACCGCCCCCCGAGCCUGAACCAGAGCCAGUCGCAAAGAAAGGCAAGAAAAAAGGAAAAUGAUGGAAAAUAUCAGU